AUGGACAAACGCCUACCGUCCCUGAGCUGUAUCCUCACGGGAGCUCUGCCCUCAGGCGGCUACAGGAAAGGGGCCCACGUGUGCUGCAAGAUGGGAAGUGGCUUCGCCCUGUGUUCCAGUGCAGGCCGGGGACCAACUGUGUUGAUCUUCAAGCAGUGGCCCCACCAGGAGAGGUGGGCAGGCUCAUCUGGAGCCCCCAGGGCAGAUGCUUAUUGUGGGUUUGCGGAGCAGGAUGGACCAGGCCGUGUGUCCAGGGGCCACCCGCCAGUGGAUGUCAUGAUUACCCAUUACCAGAGGGAGCUCGCGUCCACAGUCUGCCAGCCCCCUAAGGUAAAGCCAAAGCCCCCAGCCCUGGGCUGA